AUGGCAUCGGAGCAGAUCUUCACCAGCGACUUCCGCAGCGAGUCCAAGGAAUUCAACCGCGACAAGACCUCCCGAGUGAAAUGGGCGCAUGGCGCGUCCUAUGGACCUGGUCGUCGGGCUGAGGAGAACCGUCCUCGUCCAGCCCGGGUCGCUGCUGUGCCAAAAGCACCGAAGAGCUCCGUUGGUAUCGACAAGGCUCGCUCUACCAUCAAGAACGAUAUCGCCUACGCUAGUGGCGAUUCUUCGGCCGAUGAAGAGGUCGACCACCCCUCCGUUGCCCCCGUACCCGACGCUGGUGUUGCCUACUCCUUCGACGCCGAGCGUGGACCUAGUCAUGGCAGCCAGGUCCUGGGUGUCGCCCUGGCAAAGGCUAUCGAGACCUACGAGGUUCGCCAAACCGAUAAGCUGAUCAAGGAGGAAUAUGAGGUGCUCCGCCUGGAUGACGACGCUCUGUCUCCAGGCCCAAAGACCGCUCGGAAGGGCGUUGCGCCUGAGGACGAGGAUUACGAAUUCAUCGAGGGAUGA